ACGGGGCAGCUCUGCGCGCACUCACUCAGUAGCACUUUGCUCCUUCCAGGCCCAGGACGCGCGGGGUCAGACAGAGUGCACUUUGUUAUGGGGGACCGGAUCACCUGGGGUCUUGGGCUCUGCUUUUUACUGGGAUGCACCAAACUCUGGGCCUUUAACCUGGACACCGACAACGUGGUGCGGAAGAAUGGGGACCCGGGCAGUCUUUUCGGCUUCUCUCUCGCCAUGCACUGGCAACUUCAGCCGGUUAAUCAAAGAAUGCUCCUGGUUGGUGCACCAAGGGCAAAGGCGCUGAGGGGUCACAAGUCUAAAGUGACUGGAGGACUGUACGCCUGUGACAUGAGCUCCCCCUCUUCCUCUUGCAACAGAGUCAUCUUCGACAAUCAAGAGGAUCUAAAAACUGAAAACAAAGAAAACCAGUGGAUGGGAGUGUCUGUCAGCAGUCAAGGGCCAGGUGGCAAGAUUGUGACCUGUGCUCAUCGAUAUCAGGUAAGAAGUGCCGUUAACACUGCUGGAGAGUCCCGUGACAUCACAGGCCGCUGCUACAUGCUUAAUCAGGAUCUGACCAUUAACGAGAACUCAGGGGCAGGUGAGGGCGGGAGCUGGCACUUCUGCCAGGGCCGACCCAAAGGCCAUGAGAUGUUUGGCUCCUGUCAGCAGGGUGUAGCUGCUAUCUUCGACAGUGACUUUCACUAUAUCAUUUUUGGUGCUCCUGGAGCAUAUAAUUGGAAAGGUAUAGUUCGAUUGGAACAAAGAAAUGACACCUUUAUUGAAAUGGGCAUCUAUGAAGAUGGUCCUUUUGAGCUUGGAGAUGAAAAUGAGAAAAAUCCCAAUUUGAUUCCAGCUCCUGCUAACAGUUACCUUGGUAAAAUACUUUUAUACUCUUUGACUGUUCUCAUGUGUAACCACUAUAUUCAUUUAAGACCCACCUUCCCUGCAGGCUUCUCCCUGGACUCUGGUAUGAGUCUGACUACGAAGGGCCAGCUGACUGUGGUGGCCGGAGCUCCUAGAGCCAACCACAGUGGAGCUGUGGUGCUGCUGAAAAGAGGAGCAGAGUCCACCAGGACUGUCCUGGAGGAGUACACUUUGGAGGGAGAGGGCUUGGCCUCCUCUUUUGGAUAUGAUGUUGCUGUUCUGGACCUCAAUGGAGAUGGUUGGGAGGAUAUUGUAGUUGGAGCCCCUCAAUAUUUUGAGAAGGAUGGAGAAAUUGGAGGAGCCGUUUAUGUAUACGUUAACGAUGCUGGAAUAUGGAGCAAAGUCAAACCCACACGAAUUGAUGGACCUCAGGACUCCAUGUUUGGUCUCGCUGUGGCAAACAUUGGCGACAUUAAUCAAGAUGGUUAUCAUGAUUUUGCUGUUGGAGCUCCUAAUCAUAAUAACGGUAUUGGAAGUGUUUAUAUAUACCACGGAUCUCCAACAGGUCUGAAGUCCAAAAAAGAGGCUCAGAUUUUGUCUGGGGGGGAUUUGGGGAUGAAGAUGUUUGGAUAUUCAUUGGCGGGCAACAUGGAUCUGGACAGGAACAUGUACCCAGACCUUGCUGUUGGCUCCUUGUCUGAUGCUGUCUUUCUCUACAGGGCACGGCCAGUUAUCAGCAUCGAUAAGACAGUUACGUUCACACCUAAAGAAAUUGACCUUACCAAGAAGAACUGCGGUGACAAAAUUUGCGUAAAUGUUGAGGCUUGCUUCACUUACACGGCUAAUCCUCCCAGUUACUCUCCCAGGCUGACGGUCAGUUACUCCAUGGAGGCAGAUGCUGAUCUACGUAAAAACCGGCUGGCCCCGAGGGCCUCUUUCCCUGAUAACAGCUUUGAGUCAAAAGGCACCAUGACCUUGGACAGUAAAGGCAAGACAAAGUGUUUGAAACGUCAGCUUAUCAUGCAGGAAAAUAUUCGAGAUAAACUGCAUGGUAUCCCUGUGGAUGUCUCUGUUGAAAUCGAAGAUGCCAAACGUAAACGCAGACAGAGUGUAGCCUCACCAACGCCUGUUCUUGAUGCCAAUGAGGCGAACUCAAUCCGCUCAGUGGUGAAUUUUCUGAAACAAGGUUGUGGUGAUGACAAUGUGUGUGAGAGCAACCUGCAGGUCAAAUAUCGAUACGGCUACAGAACGAUAAAUGACGACACCUUCACUCCACUAAGCAUGGAGGAUGGUGUGCAGGUGAUUUCCUUAAGUGACCAAAAGGAGAUUGCAUUAGAAGUGACGGUGACCAAUGAGAAUGGUGACGAUGCAUAUGAAGCCAGUGUGAACGCCACCUUACCACCUACCCUCGUCUACUCGGCUUAUCGCAGUUCACCUGACCACCCUGUAACAUGCACAGCCAAUAAAGAGGGAACUAAAACUAAGUGUGAACUUGGAAAUCCAUUUAGAGGAAAGGCACAGACAGCCUUCUACAUUAUCCUGGGCACAGCAGGGAUCUCUCUUAACACAACUGAGGUGGAAAUAGAACUGGUUCCUUAUACAACCAGCCGUCAGACUUUGGUUCCUGUCAUGGCUAAGGCCAAGGUGGCCCUGCUACUGCAGCUGUCUGUUUCAGGCUUGGCCAAACCAUCCCAGGCAUACUUUAGUGGAAAGGUCAAAGGGGAAAGUGCUAUGAAAACAGAGAGUGACAUUGGCAGUGCCAUUGCUCACCAGUUCAGAAUUAUCAAUCUUGGGAAGCGACUGACAGACUUUGGCACUGCGUCUCUUGAAAUUGAAUGGCCAAAAGAAACUGAAGAUUCUAAAUGGCUCUUGUAUCUGAUGAAAAUAAGCGCCACAGGAUUGGACCUCUUUGAGUGCUCUCCAAAGAGUGUGAUCAACAGCCUGAAAGUGGAACACAGCAAGACGAGAAGCAGAAGAGCAGUAACAAUUAAAGACGAGGCCACACUUUCACGAUUAGUUGACAAGAAAUACAAAACUUUGUCCUGUGACAAUGGAGCAAAAUGUGUGAAGAUCAAGUGCCCCCUGCGGGGCCUGGACAGUAAUGCAGUCAUCACUCUGACCUCUCGCCUCUGGAACGGCACAUUUAUAGAGGAAUACUCUGACCUACAUCAUGUGGAAGUGGUAGUAAAGGCGUCUCUUACCAUUUCUAGCACAUUAAAGAACACAAAGCUGCAAAAUGCUCAGACAGCGGUGAGCCUGACUGUGUUUCCAGAGCGGCGCUCAGCCCAGUAUGGAGGGGUGCCCUGGUGGGUCAUUGUCCUGUCCAUACUGUUUGGGCUGCUUUUAUUGGCCCUGCUGGCUUUUCUUCUUUGGAAGUGUGGCUUUUUUGAGCGGACCAAACAUGAAGACAAGAUUCCCAGUUACAAUGCUGUUCGGAUCAAACGGGAGGAAAGGGACAUCAACAGUAAGAAAUGGGAAAAGGUAGAAAAGAAACCCUGGAUGACAACUUGGGAAGAGAGAAGACAUUUUUCCUAACCAGCAUUGAGUUGCACAUGGACUUAUUUUAAUGCAUUUCUUACAUCUUUACCUUUGCACAUGAUGGAUGCUAACUGUAACAUUAACUGUAGGUUGCAACAGAACAAAAUAUUGUAGGACUAAACCACAUGAUCAAGCAUAAAGUCUGUAUUUCACUGGAUGGGACUUGUGUGGGAUCAUACUUCUCCUGCACAAGUGUCUAUGGAUGUUGCAUU